AAGAGCUUAAUAUCUCUAACACCUGGCUCUCCAUCAAUCUUAGAUUUGCAAAUCAUAUAAUUCACCUUUCGACGAAUUGAUUGAGACAAUUGUUUUAAUGGCGAAAUUGGAACCAAUUGAAGAUCGGAGGAAGAAGAGAAAUCACGGAUCCACAAAAGUCUUCUUAUUCAUUGAUUAUCUAUUUCUUCUCGUAUUCUUCGCAUUCCUCUGUUUUUUUAUAUUUAAGAUAUUUGGGAUUUGAUCUCAAAUCCAGAGAUGGCGAAAACAGGACGGACCUGACUGUUCUUCUCAUCUGCUAACAAGUUAUGGAAGAUGAUCUGAUGAGCCUAAAAUGCCCGAGAAGGUUAAACAUCAAUGCGCCAAUUUUAUCGACUCGGAAACGUAACCCUUCACAAUGCGUUGAUAAAAAACAACCUGGUAGUCCGUGUGAUUCAAGUGAUCAGAUGGUCCCAUUUUCAUGGGAGGAAGUUCCUGGCACACCCAAAGGCAUAUCCAAAGAAGAUCUCCAGGCUUACAGAAAUAGAAUUCCUGCUCUGAAGCCACCACCUAGUCAGAAUAUUAUACCUAAUGGUGGUGGUUCUUGUGCUGCAGGUGGUGAUAGUGAGUUUGAUAUUUUAUCAGAUGAAUUGGAUAUGUAUUCGUUGUCAGAGUCUUUGCAGGUCGAGCCAGAAGAAAGUAGUAUGUACCCAAGGUUAAAUAAGUUGGAUCUAGAUAUCAUUGAGGCAAGAAACAGUAGUAGUAGCAGCAGUAUUCAAUCACCUAACUUUAUCAUUCGGCGUUUUCUUCCAGCAGCAAAUGCACUAGCAUUUCCAUAUGCUAAUUCUACUAGUAAUCGUGAGAGUAAACAUAUAGUUAUUCCAGAACCAACCCAAAAACAAACAUUAGGAAUACGUUCCCGAUCUGUUGGUAGUGAGCGUUCUGCAGAACGGGAUAAAGCUUGUGGGAUGGAACAUUUCUUUCCAUGGCGCAAGAAACUGACACCAUGUGGAUUAAAAAGUCCGGUUCGUGGAAGCUUUGUUUCAAAUGGGAAGCUUAAAUGUAAUAGCAGAAGAAGUAAGGGUAGUUCUUCACACAAUGUGUUUAGUUUGAAGGAUUAGAGGUGCUAUAGAUUUGUAUCGUAAACCUGUUUGGGUUUACUUGGUUUAUUUAUAAUGAUUUUUUACUUUUGUAUAUGAAACGAAAAUGUGCUCCGAGUUGUUUGUGAAUCAAAUUGUGUUU